AUGGAGCGCGAGUCCAGCAUGUCGGCGUCGCAAAAACACCACAACCUGUUCCAGGUCUAUCUUCGACUCCGCCCAGCACAAGGCGGGCCUGCAACGCCGGGAGAGCGCUUCUUGGAGGUUGAGGAUGCAGAGCCGCACCACGCCGCGCCCAAACACAUCACCCUGAACCCGCCAAACGAUCGCCGCCGCGCAAUCGAGAAGUUCGCCUUUACCCAGGUCUUCGAAGAGGAUGCGACGCAGCUCGAUGUCUUCCAUUGCACAGGCGUCGUCAAGCUUGUCGAGGGCGUGCUCGCCCCCCACGGCGGAGAGGGUACAGAUGCCCUGUUGGCCACGUUGGGCGUCACCGGGUCGGGCAAGACACACACGAUCCUCGGCUCGCGAUCUCAGCGCGGAUUGACCCAGCUCGCCCUCGACGUCAUCUUCAGGUCCCUGGGCCACAAUAUCCUCGACUACAGCUCCCACCCGUCUCUCGAGCAAUCCAUCACUGCCUCUGAUCCGUCCGAGGCCACCAUAUUCCCGGCUGCGACGUUCCUCGACACCGUCUUUGCCGACUCGGCGCCGCCCUUGCGCGCCAGCUCGAGGGCUCCCACGCCCAUGAUUGUACGACCUUCUCACAUCUACUCCCAGUUUCAUGUUUGUAGCGAUGAUGAACAUGGCUACCCCCCUGAGCCGGAUUCUUCUCCAUCGUAUUUCUCUGCGCUCGAAGAGAUGCCGCCUGUCCAGACAGGUAGCCCGAAGAGUGUUCGGGUCGUUCGUCGCGAGGAUUCCGCGAUGCCCCCUUCUCCCUCAGCCUCUCGAGUUAAUGGCGGGUGGCAGUGUCACUGGGACCGAGACGACGGUGCACCCAAGGGUUAUGGUGCUGCUUUAGUCGGCGGCUACCCGGAAGCGCAAAAGCUCAGAGGCGCGAUGGCCAAGGGCCAAAAGUCGCAGGCGAAGCACUUCAUGUCUGCUACUACUUCUGCACGUCAGAAGGCAAUCACUAAAACAUCUUCUCACCUGCAGGGCGAAUCCUUCGGUCCCACCCAGACGCCAUCCCGCCGCCUACAUCGGCCGUCGGCAUUCCCACAGCAGCCCGACGUCAGCGCGCUCUCGGUAUCUUGCGAUCCUUCGGCCGAGUAUGCCGUCGUCAUCUCCAUGUACGAGGUGUACAACGACCGCAUCUUCGAUCUCCUCACGCCCCCCAUCAAGUCGGCGGCGACAAAAGAGUACCGUCGACGGCCUCUCCUUUUCAAGUCAACAGAGACAUCGUCGGACCGCAAGGUGGUGGCUGGGCUGAGGAAGGUGGUGUGCGGCAGCCUGCACCAGGCCUUGAUGGUGCUGGAGGCGGGGCUGCAUGAGCGCCGGGUUGCCGGCACGGGCAGCAACAGCGUGAGCUCGCGGAGCCACGGCUUCUUUAGCGUCGAGGUCAAGAAGCGCGCCAGGGGGAAUCCAAAACACAGUUUCGAGGCGGCAUGGGGUGGGAGCACGCUAACUGUGGUGGAUCUCGCUGGGAGCGAGCGCGCGAGGGAUGCGAAGACGGCCGGAGCGACGCUUGCAGAGGCUGGCAAGAUCAACGAAAGCCUCAUGUAUCUCGGACAGUGCCUGCAGAUGCAAAGCGACGCGGCGAGCAAGGACAAGCCAAAUUUGGUUCCUUUCCGUCAAUGCAAGCUGACCGAGCUGCUCUUCUCCAACUGCUUCCCGUCGAUGUCGUCGUACUCGUCGGCGAGACAUCGGAAUCCGCAAAAGGCCGUCAUGAUCGUGACGGCAGAUCCCAACGGCGACUUCAACGCGACGUCUCAGAUCCUGCGAUACAGCGCUCUCGCGCGAGAGGUGACGGUACCGCGCAUCCCCAGCAUCACCCAGACGAUCCUCACUACUGCGGUCCCGACCUCGACUUCGGCCCUGGCACAACAGCAGUGCUCGAGCCCGGUGGGGUCCCCGACUCUCCACCACCGCCCGUUCUUCCCGCCGGGGUCAACGGCAGGACCCUAUGGGCAGCCCCUGUCAUCGCCAAACAUUGACCGGACCUUCUCGCCCCUGAGCAAUGCCGGCAGCGACGUCCACCGCGCCACCAUGGAGGUUGCCGCCCUGGAGAUUGCCCGCCUCUCGGAAGAGCUCGACUACAUGCGCCAAGCGCUCGAGACGGAGCGGUCAGGGCGGGAGGAGGCUGAGUCGCAUCUGCUCUCGAUGGAGGACCGGAUGGUGGAGCUGGAGCAGGCGAUCCGCGAAGACUGCACGGCAGAGUUUGAGCGGCGGUUCGACAUUGAGAUGGCGCGCUGGCGCGCCAACAUGCAGGUGGAGAUGGAGCGCGGCGAAGAGCACUGGGGCCGCAAGAUCGAGGUGUUUGAGCGGAGCAUGGCCGUCACCGUCAGGGCGUCGACGGGUGACGAGAACAUGCUUGACGGGGAAGAGGGCGAGGACGACGCGGGCGGCGAGGACAAAGAAAAUGUGCUCAUGGAGGACGUCAACCAGGAGAACGACAGGCUGCGCCGCGACAACGAGAUCCUCAGGCGCGAGCUGGCCGCCAUGAGCCCGACCAAGCGGCUCCCGCUUCAGGAGCGCAGCAGCGACGGCGUCCGAGGCUCUCUGGCGAGCGUCAGGGACCGGGGAAAGGUCGGUGUCGACACGGGCAGCCCGCGCCCGACCCGUGCCAACAACAAUGUGAAGGAUGACGGGAGCCUGCGGCAGAGGCUGGAAAAUCUGCGGGUCGGCGGCGACGACCAAGGCCCGCCCCGCAACUCCAGCGGUAGCACGAGCCCGAAGAAGGCUGCGCGCAAGCUUGCAGGGAAGCGGUGGGACGGCACCUUGGAUGACGAUCUGUUUUGA